AUGGUUCUUACGUCAUCACCAUCUUCUUCACAACUUGAUGUAGCAAUGGUUCCUCAAAUUCUGGGUUUUCUUUUCUUCUUUUGUAAUGGAGCUUUAGGCGCAACUUUUACUUUUGUUAACGACUGCGGGUUCUCAGUUUGGCCUGGAAUCACUCCAUGGCCUUAUUUCAAUACUACGGGAUUCGAGUUAAAAAAUGGCAAUUCACGAUCUCUUCAACCUCCCGAUAACUGGGUAGGUCGUAUCUGGGGUAGGACUGGUUGCAGUUUCAAUGAAUCCGGCAACUGGUCAUGCGCCACCGGUGACUGUGGCACUGGGCAAGUGGAGUGCAAUGGAAACUCAUAUACACCCCCCGUUACAACUGUAGAUAUCAACAUCGGUGACCCUAAAGGCUUGAACUUUUAUUACGUCAGCCUUGAAGAUGGCUACAACUUGCCAAUUCUUGUGGAGACAACUGGUGGAUCUGGUUCUGGGUUACGUAGUUGUGCGAAGACAGGUUGUGUUGAUGACUUGAAUCAAUGGUGUCCAACUGAGUUGACUUUGAGUGGUGGAGGAGCGUGUCAGACGGCUUGCCAGGCGUUUGGAUCACCAGAAUAUUGUUGCACGAUCUCGAUAACAUCAACAGACACGACAUGCAAACCGACAACGUACGCUCAGUUGUUUAAAUCUGCAUGCCCGAGAUCUUAUAACUCUGUGUUUGAUGAUUUGAAUACUAUAUAUAGAUGUAAUGGUGCUGAUUACAGUAUCAGAUUUUGUCCUGCUUCCGAUUCAUUUUCAACGAUCAAACAUGGAAGCCAACUCAACUCUACAGAUCAACUUGUUUCCAUCGGUGGGAAUUUUACGUUAGGGUUUUUCAAUGAGGAUUAUAGUUACUUGGGAAUUUGGUACACUAAUGAUGUUGAAUCUAGGAAAGUAUGGGUAGCUAAUCCAAAUACGCCGAUCAAAUCCACUUCAGGUGCCCAUGCCCUCUCCAUUGAUGUCAAUACUGGAGACUUGAUCAUCAUUGCAGGAGGGAGAACUCUAAUGAGUAUUACCAAUGUUCAAAUGGGUCCAAACCCUAAUGUGACUGCAAUCCUCGAAGAUAAUGGUAAUUUUAGGUUGAUUGAUGAAACUGAUAAAAGGGUUUUGUGGGAGAGUUUUGAUCACCCAACUAAUGUACUUUUACCUGGUAUGAAGCUUGGAUAUGAUAUCACAACAGGGAAGAACUGGACCUUGACUUCUUGGGUGAGCAAUGAUAUACCUUCUUCAGGAGCUUUUACUAUGAGCUGGGAGCCCAUUGAAGAAACAUCCCAAAGAUUGAUGAUUCGAAGACGAGGAAAACCCUACUGGACUAGUGGGAAUCUAAACAAUCAAGUAUUUCAAUAUAUGGUUGCAUUGAACGCCCCAAGUAGCAAGUCUAGAUAUCACCUUACUUCUGUAUACAACAAUGAAACACGAUACUUUAGCUACGAUGGCAAUAAUAGUGCUACACCAAUGUGGAUUUUGACGGAGAAAGGUCAAAUUACAGAUAUAGAUAACUCUUUUUGGACCCCUGAGUUUUGUUAUGGGUACGAUUCUAGUAAUGGUUGUGUGGAGUCGAGUUUACCACAGUGUCGGCGAGUGAGUGAUAAUUUUAGUAAGAUGAACGGAGAUUUUGCGAAUGACAUGACAAGAAAUGCUAUCGAUGAGGACACAAACCUAAGCAUUAGCGAUUGUUUUGUUGAGUGUUGGAAAGAUUGCAGCUGUGUAGGAUUUAGUAGCAGUAUCAUCAAUGGAACUGGCUGUGUUAUAUGGACUGGAAGUAAUAACUUUUUGGUUAAUCCUCGUGAUAACUCUACGUCAAAGUAUGUAAUCAACCAUAAUCCAAUCAGAUCAGUAAACAAAACCGAAAAGAGCAAGAACAGUGUAUGGAUACUCAAUGGGAUUGCCAUUCUUCUCAUUUUCUUGUGUUUUGGGUUUUUCUUUUAUAUAAAGAAGAUAAAAGAUAGUCGAAAAGAAUACGAGAGACGGAAGAGAGAUGAAUAUUUCGUGGAUUUGACCACUUCUGAAAGCUUCAAGGAUGUACAUCAGGUUGAAACUAAUGGUAGGAAAGGAAAUUACUUGUUACUAUUUAGCUUUAGUGCUAUCAUGGCUGCUACUGAUGACUUCUCAGUUGAAAAUAAGCUUGGACAAGGUGGUUUCGGACCUGUUUACAAGGGACAACUAAGUGAUGGACGAAAAAUUGCAAUCAAAAGGCUUUCAAGAACAUCAUGCCAAGGGCUGGUGGAAUUCAAGAAUGAGCUAGUCCUUAUCGCGAAACUCCAACAUACAAAUCUCGUUCGGGUUCUUGGUUGUUGCAUUCAUGGGGAAGAAAAGAUGUUAAUAUAUGAAUAUAUGCCCAACAAAAGUUUAGAUUUCUUUCUCUUUGAUGAAAAUAAAAAGGGACAGCUGGAUUGGCCUAAGCGGUUUGAUAUUAUUGAAGGAAUUGCUCAAGGGUUGUUAUACCUACAUAAGUACUCGAGAAUGAGAGUUAUUCAUAGAGAUCUAAAAGCAAGUAACAUCCUUUUAGAUGAGACUAUGAACCCCAAAAUUUCCGAUUUUGGUAUGGCAAGAAUGUUCAAGCAUAAUGAGACCGAGGCAACCACUAAAAGGGUCGUUGGAACAUAG